CGCUUGGGGGGGGCGGUCCUGAGGGUCUGAAGGGGUGGGGGGGGUUGGGGCUGAGGAAAGGGAAGGGGUGCAUUUGGGGGUCCGUAGUUCAGCCCCCUCCCCUUUUUUGCCCCACCUUUGCCCCACUUCUGCCCUUUUUUGCCCCCCAGCCCCAUUUUUUGUCUCGUUUGAUACUGAAGCGCCCUGACCUCGUUCACUGUGUCCUUCUGAGUUUCCUUCCCCCCCCCUUUUGCCCCAUAACCCCAUUUUUGCCUCAUUCUGGCACCAUUUGGAUCCAGUUUGCCCCCAUGUCUCCAUUACCAUCCUCGUUUUGCCCCUCUCGCCCCGUUCCCCCCCCCCUUUUUGCCCCAUAACCCCAUUUUCUGUCUCAUUCCCACAUUCUCACCCCCAUUCUUGUGCAGCUCAGCCCCUAACGAUGCUUUCCCCCCUCUUUUGCCCCCGUUUCCCCCAAUUUGAGGUCCUUUGGCCCUGGCUCUGACACUUGGCCAUGCUUUCUCCCCGCAGCUCCUCCACUCCCCUCCUGUGUGCUGCAGGAGAUGGCGAGCCUGACAGACCGCCUGUGGUUCAUUUUUUGGGAGAGCAGCCUGGCCUUCCUCUCCUUCCUAACCAACCUGCACUCUGCUUUCGUGAUUGAGCUCGUCCUGCUCUCCUUCCUCAAAUGCCUUCACUGUGUGGUUGAAAACUACGUGGGCUUUACGGAGAAAAGAUAUUCCAGACCUUCCUACCCAAAGUUCUUCCAUUUCUGCUUCAUCUGUCUCAUGAGGCUCCUUUUCUACGUGGUAUUCAUAGUCGAAAUGAUUGGAGUCCGCACCUUCCCCCUCUUUGCUGCCCACCCCACAUACCUGGCCAUGAAGAACGUCAGGAAAGCAGCAGUGGAUCUCUUCACAUCGUGUUUCGCCAGUCUCAAUGGGAGCACGCUCCUCCCCGGUGCCACCCUGGAGGAGCUGCCGGCCGAGGACAACGGCUGCGUCAUCUGCCGCGAGGAGAUGGGGACGGAGGUGACGGCUCUGCCGUGCUGCCACGUCUUCCACACCAGCUGCCUGCGGUCCUGGUUCCAGCGCCAGUGGACGUGUCCCAUGUGUCGGAUGCCCGUUCCGCGUGUGUCCUACCCUGAGCUGAUGCCCCUCGACCCUCCAGUGCAACCUCCUGACCCUCCAUCACGGCCCUCGACGCCACCGCAGACCUCUCCGGAUCCUGAGCCCCAAGAGUGGUAUCCCUCUGAGGAAGAGGAGGAAGAGGAGGAAGAGGAGGAAGAGGAGGAGGAAGAAGAGCAGCCAUCAGCCCAAAUUCUGAGCCAGGAAAUCAUUCAGCACUACCAGGAAUGUUUCACCCGCACUGAGCACGAGAAGAUCACCGCGUGGCUGCUGCGCUGCUGGGACAACGAUGCCAAUUCUGUUCAGUUGGAAGGCAGGUAUCUCCGCCUGUUGGGACCUCUCUGCAAUCAGUUGGCUGUGGACAGCAUGAUCUGCAGGGGGGAAGACCAAACGCUCACCCUCUGGAAGCGAAUGCUGGGCGCCGUCAGGCAGUGCUACCAGGGGUACAUAAUGCCCCGCUUGCGCUCCUGGUUCACCUUGGAUGAGGCCAUCCAGUACCUGCGGGAGCUGGCUGUGGCGGAGAUGCUGUACGACGAAUCCUUCAACCCCGAGGACCCUGAUGCAGACAGCUGCCCCGACGCCUUCAAAUGCACGCCCAUGAUGUGGUUGUAUCUCACCACGAGCGCGCCACCCGAAUUCAUCAGCACGGUGACGGCCGUGAAGUGCAUGUGCCACAACGCGGUCCCAGUGAGGCUCCUGGCUUCUUUCCUCCAAGAGUACGAUAAAAACGUCACGUCUGCUCAGAGGGAGUGCUUCUCUCUGGUGCGGGAAUUGGCUGAAGAAGUGAAAAAACUGUCCAGGGAGGUCCAGCAGCUUAAAAAGGCCAAGCUUUGCUCCUCGUCUGCGCCGACCGACGAGUUGGCUGUGCGGGAUGUCCAAGAUGGACAUCCUUCCAGCUCUGCUCUAGCGCUGGUUGAAGACGGCUGCGUGCCGCGCCUCACCUUCUGGUUUUACCUGCGUGAUCACGGGGAGAACAUGAAGAAGUGGGAUGGGAAACCCACCUCAGCCCUGCAGAGAAGGGUGGAAGAGCUGCUGAGGAGGUCUGGCCGCCCCGAGGGCUCUUCCAGGAGGAGGGCUGCUGCCAGGCGCCGCGAUGCCUGCGCUUUUCCAUAGGUAUUCCAUGUGGAGUGGCGGGGUGGAGUCGGGGUUCCCAAAGUGCUCCGUUGGGUUUGUUGGAGAUAUCUAAAUGGUUUAUCAGGAUGGUAUCUCUGAUGAAGAAGAUUUUAUUUGCCAUUGCAAUGGUGGGCCUCCUGCAAGCGGGAGAGCGUGCAGAAAACAAUCUUACAUCUUUUAUUCCCUAUUACUCGACGCUUCUCUCUUUCUGCCCUGUUUCCUCAUUGGCUGAGUGCUUCAGGAUCACAAUCUUCCCGAUGCUCAACUAAGCAGGGAUACUGAAUAAACAUUAGUUGCUACCUAAGCAUAUAUCACAAAUUAGUUAAUUUCUCACGUUUGCUCAUUCAGCACUCGGUCACUGUUUCUGCACGUCUGCUUGUCGUGGCAAUAGAGAUAAGCUUGGAAGGAGGAUAGGGGAAGGAUCUUCAUGCCUGCCUGUUGCAUCCCAACCUGCCCACAGAGCGAGGCAAUCCAGCCUUGUGUAGAGGCCCUUAGCUCUACAGUGUGCUUUCUGGUCCUUAAAACUGUACCUACGUUAUUUGGAACAUUUAAAAACUAUUGCAGUUUUGCAACCCUGGAAUUAAUCACGUAAUUCAGCAACUCUAUUUCUAAGGUAUGUUACUAACGUAGACGGUAUUUCUACUUUUUCAUAUCAGUUCUUUGUAAGGACAAGUUACAAAAUACAAACAAAAUACAAAAAAAAGAAUGGCGCUCUGCUUCUUCAGAUCAAUUCCCCCUUUUUAACAUCUAAUACAGAAACGGUGUUCCAUUCCUACAGGUUCCAGGAGGAGAUGAGGAGGGGGGUGAUGAGGAGGGGGACGAUGACAAGUUCCCCCUGUGCUCGGUGUUGUGCCCUGAGAUGCUUCUCUUCUGCUUUCUGAUGGGCCACAAGUUCCUUUCUGCUCAGUAAACCAGCUGCUUUCUCUCCCACAGGAGCCCUCAGCCCUCCAUGGGGGGAGGCAGGAGGGAAGGGAGGACCCCCCCGUUGCAGGAUCCCUCCAUAGAAUGCUUUUCUGUAGAAAAUGAGGAAAAGCUGUUUUAUUUCCCCUCACGUUACGUUUCCUGACAGAAACUGAGGAAAAGAGGCGUUAUUUCCUUUUGCUUUAUGCUUCCUGGCAGAAAACGAGAAGAAAUGGUUCUGUUUCCUGAUAGAAAAUGAGGAAAAGUGCAUUUAUUUCCCGUGGUGUUCCAUUUUCUGACAGGAAACGAGGAACGGCUCCAAUU